AUGUUGGUGCCGCCUGAAAUGAUGGCAGCUCAAUCUAAAAUGUUAUAUCAGUUAAACAAGUAUCACGGUGAAAGAGUGCAAGCGAGAAAAGCUCAAGUUGCUAAGACGAUACGCGAAGUGUGCAAAGUGGUGCAAGACGUUUUGAAAGAAGUCGAAGUGCAAGAACCACGUUUUAUAAGUUCACUCACGGAAUGCAACGGAAGGUACGAGGGUUUGGAUGUGAUCUCACCGGGUGAAUUCGAAGUCGUCCUAUACCUGAAUCAAAUGGGCGUUUUCAAUUUCGUCGACGACGGAACCCUGCCCGGAUGCGCUGUUUUAAAACUAAGCGACGGCAGAAAGAGAUCCAUGUCCCUUUGGGUCGAAUUCAUAACGGCAUCCGGGUAUUUAAGCGCUCGUAAAAUCAGAUCCCGAUUUCAAACGUUGGUAGCUCAAGCCUGUGAUAAAUGCGCGUAUAGAGACUCCGUUAAAAUGAUCGCGGACACGACGGAAGUGAAAUUGAGAAUACGGGAAAGAUACGUUGUGCAAAUAACGCCCGCAUUCAAGUGUUCGGGAGUUUGGCCGAGAUCCGCGACUCAUUGGCCCAUACCUCACAUACCCUGGCCUCAUCCGAACCUCGUGGCCGAAGUCAAAACGAACGGUUUCGAUUUGCUAUCGAAGGAAAGCGUCGCGCUCCAAGGGAAACAAUCCGCGAUGGAAGGUGACGCGUGGGUUUUGAGUUUCACAGAAGCCGAACAAUCUCUCCUGUUGGGAGGAUGUCGGCGAAGGUGUUUGAGCAUAUUGAAAACCCUUCGUGACCGACACUUGGACCUACCCGGUAAUCCCGUCACGAGUUAUCACAUGAAAACCCUUCUCCUGUACGAAUGCGAAAAACAUCCGAGAGAAAUGGAAUGGGACGAACCCUGUCUCGGCGACAGGAUCAACGGGAUACUCCUUCAACUUAUAUCGUGUCUACAGUGUCGACGGUGCCCGCACUACUUCCUUCCAAAUUUAGAUUUGUUCAAAGGUAAAUCGCCGAGCGCAUUAGAAAACGCGGCCAAACAAGUAUGGCGACUAACGAGAGAACUAUUAACAAAUUCUAGAUCUUUAGAAAAAUUAUAA